AUGCGCGCGCCCCCGCUUAGGGUGAGGUCACCCUUUGAACCAGCCGGCGCCGCCUAAACCUGUUUUCGCGCGCUCCCUCCGCCAUUGCGUUGCCCGCGUCGACUUCGCCGCGCUGCUGUGCGGGCGUCCUCGAAACGCUGCUGCGUUCGCGCGGCUUUCAUCGGCGUAGAAUGCCUGGAUGUUGUGUUCCUCAGUGCUCCAACCAUUCGAGAAAUGGUUGGAGGAUGUUCCAUUUUCCAAGGGACCCAAAAAGGCGGCUUCUGUGGCUGGUGCGAGUCAAGCGUGACAAGUGGCAACCGACGAACUCCUCGUGUGUCUGCAGCGCUCAUUUCGAAGCCAGCAGCUUCGAACAGAACCGCGCGGAUGGGUGGAAGAAGCUCAAGCCUAAUGCUGUACCAACGGUGUUCCCAUUCAAAGAACUUCCUAAAGAGCGAAGGCCACCAAGGGAACGAAAUGCACACGUGCCUGCAUUAUUCAGUGACGACGCAGCCGCACACAAUUCUUCACGAGAAGUGAGAAACGUUCUUCCCUCAACUACGCAGGAAUUUUCUCCCGCUGAUUCUUCGUCAGACGGGGAGAUAAAUGAGAGAUUGGCGGCUACGGAAACCAACAAUGCUAAUGGGCAACUUACUUCGACCCCCAGGGAUGCACGGCUUCAAGAAACUGCAAUAGUUACUGCGACCCAACCCCUCGAUUCUGAGGCAGCUGAGCUUAGGAAGAAGAUUGCAGAUCUCACAGCAGCCAAUAAUAAGCUUAGACAACAUCAUAACGAAUCUAAGAACACUGUCAAAAAACUACAGAUGCAGGUACGCAAGCUGCAGAAAGAGGCAACUAAUUUCUCACGAAAUACGAAGUUUUUAAAUGAAGACCAAAUUCGUGCUCUUUCUCGGAACAACAAUCAUGGUAAUUCGUGGUCAGCGCAAACAGUAAAGCAAGGUCUAAAAAUUAAAUUUGCUUGUGGAACCACCGGGUAUGAAACACUCAGAAAGAUUGGCUACCCUCUUCCAUCCAGCAGAACGUUAGCAAGAAGAAUUCAGGGCCUGAAGUUUCUGCCAGGUAUCCUGCAUGAAGUGAUCGACGUCAUGAGGUCGAAAGCAGAGGGAAUGGAGGACGUGGAGAAAGACUGCGUUCUCUUUUUAGAUGAAAUGGAGAUAGCACCCGGAUUUGAACUCGACCGUGGCGAAGACGUGCUUCUGGGAGGAACGACGUUGCCCUCAAAGCCUGAAGAGCCAGCCAAUCAUGCUUUGGUGUUUAUGCUAGGCACAGAAGAUGGCCUUCAGAUUGAAGAGGAACUUGUGUCUCUGGUCACAUCUUUAGUUCAUGUCAAUGACCUUCGACUUGCUACGGCCGAGGAUUGCAAACUCCAGCAGGUUGCUCAUUUUGUUCAGACAUCAUGGCCAGCGAAGAAAUGUUUGACUGCUGAACUGACUCCUUACUAUGAGGGCCGGGAGCAAUUGUCAGUAGCAGACGGUCUGCUUAUGCGCUCGGAGCGUAUUGUGGUUCCAGCCAAGCUCACUGCUACGUUUAUUCAGCUUGCCCAUGAAUCGCAAACGGGAAUUGUGAAGACCAAGCAACGUCUUCGUGAAAAGUACUGGUGGCCAGGUCUGGACAAACAAGUAGAGACUGCCAUCCGAAGCUGCACGGUCUGUCAGUCAGCAGACAAAAGUGCUAAGAGCUAUCCCACUCCACUACAGCCAGUUGCCCUUCCAGAUAAACCUUGGAGCAAGAUAGCUGUUGAUAUUGUUGGCCCAUUUGAGCGUGCACCAGCAGACUGCCGUUUCGUUAUAAUGGUUAUUGAUUAUUUUUCCAAAUGGCCAGAAGUUGCUUUCUGCAGGGAUGUGUCUUCGAUUAAAGUGGUGGACUUCCUCCUGUCAAUAUUUGCACGGGAAGGCUACCCCGACGAACUGGUCUCGGAUCAUGGACCACAAUUUACAUCCCGAGAAUUCGAGUCCUUUCGUCAAGACAGGGGCACCAAGCACAGCUUCUCGGCUGUGUAUCACCCCCAGGCAAAUGGACAGGUUGAAAGGUUCAACCGUGUGCUCAAAUCUUAUAUUCAGUUGGCCUUGCUAGAGCAGCGACCAGUGAAGAACACUGUUACAGAGUACUUGGGGAUCUUCAGAGGUACUCCUCACAGUAGCACUGACCUUUCUCCUGCAGUGCUUCUGCAUGGCCGGCACAUCAGGACAUCCUUGGACGUCAUCGGACAUCCCACCUCCAACGUUUUCACGGACCCCGCUCCGGAGAUGUUAUCACUUCGGAAGGGGGUGAAAGAGUACCAGCGCAAAAACAAAGUGUAUGCUGACCUACGAAGAGCAGCCUGA